AUGGCCCAACAAGAGUGUCACGAUUUCGAGAUGCCCCCGCCCGGCCGCUAUGUGCAACGCGGUGUAUGCACGAGUAACCCUCUCGCCCGACUCGACCAUCUGGGCUUCCCACUCGCCAUCGCCUUCGCUGAGUUCGACACAUUGCCCAAGGCCCUGCCGGUCGUCCUCCAUGUCUCGGUCGUUGUGUUGGUGGUUUCCAGGGGGCAAAUGAUCGGCGUCGGCCCACGAGAGGUGCGAACUUUCGUCACCAAAGACGAUGCGUUGGGUUGGCACGAGAACAUCAAGCUGAACGCACCAAGGAGUGAUAUUUCCUGCAUAACGAGACGGGAUACCUCGUGCAUAGCGAGAUAG